AGAGCGUCCGCACCGGGCAGUCCGUGUCAAACGUCUUCCCUUCGGUCCGACGUGGAAACAGCAGCGCGCGGAGAGAUCGUUUCGUCUGGCAAAGCUGUUAACCCCCCCCCCCCCCCCCAUCUGAAAAUCACUCCUCGAAACAAAGCAGCUCUUUUAUGCUCCGCCUUGCACAGACCUCUGAAGAGCCCGCAGAUUAACGUCCCAGAGGAGCCGUCGCAGGAUGGAGACGCAGAUACAUGUGCCUGUCGGCUCGCCGGUCAUCAGAAAGAUCCCCGUGUUAGUGGACGAGCACGACGUGAUCGCGGGGGCGAUGAAGCUGAUGAAAGAGCUGAGACCGGCGUGGGAGCCCCACGGCGUCAGAACCAAGUCCUUCACUGACGGUACCACCAACAAGCUGGUUGGCUGCUACGUGGACGACAAUCCCGAGGAUGUGGUCCUGGUCCGAGUGUAUGGGAACAAGACGGAGCUGAUUGUGGACAGAGACAACGAGCUGAAAAGCUUCCAGGUGCUGCACGCCAAUGGCUGUGCUCCACGCCUCUACUGCACCUUUCAAAACGGAAUCUGCUACGAGUUCAUGCAGGGGGACGCUCUUGGGCCGCAGGAUGUCCGGGAUCCUACCCUGAGUCGGCUAAUAGCGAAGGAAAUGGCUCGAAUCCAUGCUAUCCACGCGCACAACGGCUGCAUCCCCAAGCCCAACCUGUGGAUCAAGAUGCGGCAGUACUUCUCCCUCGUGGCCACAGAGUUCACCGAUCAGGCCUCCAACAUCAGAAUCCAGCAGGAGGUUCCCAGCAAGACCGUGUUGGAGCAGGAGAUGGUGUGGAUGAAGGAACAUCUCUCCACGCUGGGGUCCCCCGUGGUACUCUGCCACAACGACCUGCUCUGCAAGAACAUCAUACACAACACCAAAGAGGGUCAUGUUCGCUUCAUAGACUACGAAUACUCCAGCUACAACUACCAGGCCUUCGACAUCGGCAACCACUUCAAUGAAUUUGCAGGCAUGGCCGAGCUGGACUACGGCCUGUUCCCCAGCCGGGAGAUGCAGAUGGACUGGCUGAAGGAGUACCUGCAGGCAUACAAGCUGUUCACCAAGAAGACGGAGGAGGUCAGCCAGCAAGAGCUCCAGACUCUCUAUGUGCAGGUCAACAAGUUUGCUCUGGCUUCUCACUUCUUCUGGGGCUUCUGGGCCCUCAUCCAAGCCAAAUACUCCUCCAUCGACUUUGACUUCCUCGGGUACGCUGUGCUGCGAUUCAACCAGUACUUCAAGAUCAAACCUGCGGUGACGGCCCUUCAGAUCCCCGAAUGAGAGGAGGCCAGGGGGAGGCUGCAGCAUCUGAGAGCCCACAGGCGUCCUGUUGGACCUGGGACCGCUCUGUUCCGUUCUGUUAGGCAGCUGCCAGUGGACGGCCGCUCAGUCUGCCACGCAGCCUUCGUCUUAUUCAUGCGCAAUUCCUCUCAUUCCUGCAAACUUACCUCAACCUAGCUGAAGAGUGGCAGAAUUUCCAUGUGUGUGAAAGGAUCAUUGGUUUAUUUAUGUGCGAGCGUCAGAACACCCGUCAGAGUUGGGGUGGAGUCGCUGAUAACCUGCUUCGCCUGUCAUGCAGCCGGGGUUGGAAGGCGGAUGGGUUAGACUGAGUGUAGGAGCAUUUUGUCAAGCGUCCAUCCCGCCUGUCUGCUGACAGCUUAGCUCUUCCUCUGCUGCUCCUCUUCAUGUUUGGUGCUAGGAGCUCAUCGCUGCUGUAAUGUGGCUCCGUUCGAGCUUCUGUGACUCAAUCAGCUUCCUGCUCUUGCAUAAACAAACUGCUGAUCGUGCUGCUAAGGUCGACCUUAGAUCCACCACACACAGCAGGUAAAUCAGCGAGCGGACACCCUGUUGUUUUGUAGCAAACUGUGAGGAAGAGGAGCUAAACGUUUCUUUUUGUAUUGAUUUCCAUCGUGCCCGCCUCAGGUUAACGGCUCCUUCUCUUGGGCCGCUCUGACAGGUGUUCUUUAGAGGACGGUCCUGAUGGAGGAGAAACACGGCCACUUUGAGCUCCGUGUCCGUCCACAGGUUCGAUUUUCCAGCUUCUUGGCUUUUAUGGCUGUGGCGACUCGCUCGGUUAACUUUCCAUUUCAACUUUCCAGACACGUUGGAAAAUCCCAACCUCUGUCACCCCUCCGUGCUGCCCUCCUAUGUCUGCUCUCUCCUCGUGUUUCAGUGCGAUCUCCUUCCAGCCUGCUGUUUCCGGCUUGCCCCCCCCCCCCCCCCCACACACACACACAUACACAUUUGGAGCCAUACUGAAUCUGACAGUCAAACAUGGCAAAUUUUUUUCAAGUCCAGCUUUGAUAAAGAUGCAUCUUGAGUUGUCCGAGGUCCCCGUCGAAGUAAGUUGCUCACUGAACACAGUUUAGAAAAUAUCGGCUGCGUAAAACCUCACUGGGUGCAGCUCAUUUGUCUCGCUUCACACUCCUGUCUCCUCAAAUCGUCCAGGAGCACUAAACCUGAAGCCGUAGCUGCUUGUCUGUAUCUAAUCUUACUGUAUCAUGUCCGCAGUUGAUUACAGCCACACACUCCUAAUGUGUAAUCCCUCGUACGCCCACAGGGGGAAGGCGGUGAGCUCUGACCUUUUGUUUUGCAUUGCCGGUCUCACAUUGCAGACAUGGUUCAAAAAUUGAGCAGAUGAAGAGAGCAGACACACUAACUGAUGUCAACGCCUUUCGUUCAGAGCAGUUGACCUCCUGGUACUUUGAGGAGAAAGUGGAGGUGAUGUCUUCCUCUAAAACAAGACAACUGUAGUCCUCGCAAGGCUAAUGGAGGCUCAUCCCAGGUCCGUGUGAUGCACGGUGAGGUAAAGGGUUCACACCCACAGUGGCACAUAUUUUGGAGCAGAGAAGCACUUUGAACUUUAGAGUAAUUAUCAAAUGACAGAGCGGCAUGCGUAGAUUUUUAGAUGAAGGCCAAAUUAGUGAAACGACUGCUUUAACGCACAAUCAUAGUACGGCCUGGAGAAAAGGCACAUUUGCACUCUAGAAGCACUGAAACGCUCCAAAUGAGGCUGAGCCUUCUAUGGACUUUGUCUGCUGAGACAUUCAGAGAAGAUGCUCAGCAAUCUGCUGAAGACUUAUUCCACACAGAGCUGAGGUUCUCCAAAACCGCAACACAGUUAAUUUGCAGAUGUUUGGACCGAGGGUUUUAAAAAAUUCGGUUUCUUUCCCAGCAUUAGUUAGCUGACGUCAAGUCGUCGGCAUUUUCCAGAUGCACCGAUUGCUUGUUGUAGUCCGAGAAAUUUAAAUCCUUGAAAACAUUCCCUCUUGUCGGACCAGCGGAUCCAUUUCCCAGAAGUUCUCACCGUCAUGCCUUUUAGGUCUUUUAAAGCAGUUUAUUUAUGUAGUGAAUCUAACAUUGCAUUUCCCACCUUUUUAUUGCGUUGUCUAAUUCCAGCUAAAUAGUUGGCUUCAGAUGCAUUGAAUUGCAGUUUAUUUAAGGUUGAAUUAUUUCAGAGUGAAUGUACUAAUGUAUUUUAAGAAACACUGUUGAUUUCUGCUUUUGUUAGAUGCACUGAUUUCCUUUUUGUAAAGCAUGAACUAGAGGCGCAGCGUUGUUGAACGGGCCGGUGCUCGGCCUGCAGAUGGGACUUUGUACAUGUGUUCAUCGGUGGAGACGGAGGAUGUAAAUACUGUAAGAAAUACCAUGAAAGGUUUACUGUACAUUGAUCCUGUGGAAAGCAUUAUUUAACGGUUGUCAGUGUAUUUCCAUUAAAGACUAAUGUGAUUUUAAAA